UGAUGUGAUUGAGACAAGGGAGGUUUUCAGGGGGGAGACCGGGAGAUAGGGGCCUCCCCUCCCCCUUCUCCGCUUCCUGCGCCGGCCUCCAGCCCUCCCCAGUGCCCUCCCGACGGGCGCCCCCCGCGGAACACACCCCACCCCCGCCCGCCUUUCCCCUCCUCCCGGGCUCAGCCCUUCUUCGCCCUGGGACGCUGGGGAGGGGGCUGCGCCGGGCGGACCCCAACUCGGCCGGGAUUUCCGAGAAUGUUCUUCAGCACGGCUCUACCCUGAGAGAUUGCCCCACCUCAUGUAAAGUAUGCUCAGUUCCUUCCCCGUGGUUUUGCUGGACACCAUGUCUCACUACACAGAUGAGCCCCGGUUCACUAUCGAGCAGAUAGACCUGUUGCAGCGCUUGCGGCGCACAGGCAUGACCAAGCAUGAGAUCCUGCAUGCCCUGGAGACCCUGGAGCGCCUGGACCAGGAGCACAGUGACAAGUUCGGCCGGAGAUCCAGCUAUGGUGGCAGCGCCUCGUCUUAUGGGAACAGCACCAGCAACGUGCCCGCGUCAUCCUCGACGGCCACGGCCUCCACCCAGACACAGCCCUCAGGCAUGUCCCCUUCACCCAGCAACAGCUAUGACACGUCGCCACAGCCCUGCACGGCCACCCAGAAUGGCCGGGACACCAGUGAGCGGCUGCCCACCGCCAACGGGAAGCUGUCGCCAAGUCGCUAUCACGCCAACAGUAUGGGCCAACGCUCCUACAGCUUUGAGGCCUCCGAGGAGGACCUGGACGUGGACGACAAGGUGGAGGAGCUGAUGAGGAGGGACAGCAGUGUGAUAAAAGAGGAAAUCAAAGCCUUUCUUGCCAAUCGGAGGAUUUCCCAAGCAGUUGUUGCACAGGUCACAGGGAUCAGCCAGAGCCGCAUCUCACACUGGCUGCUGCAGCAGGGGUCCGACCUGAGCGAGCAGAAGAAAAGAGCCUUUUACCGUUGGUACCAGCUGGAGAAGUCGAACCCAGGGGCCACACUAAGCAUGCGACCGGCCCCCGUCCCCAUCGAAGACCCCGAGUGGAGACAAACACCACCCCCAGUCUCUGCCACGUCCGGCACCUUCCGGCUCCGCCGAGGCAGUCGGUUUACCUGGAGGAAGGAAUGUCUGGCCGUCAUGGAGAGUUACUUCAAUGAGAACCAGUAUCCAGAUGAAGCAAAGAGAGAAGAAAUCGCCAAUGCCUGCAAUGCUGUUAUACAGAAACCAGGCAAAAAACUCUCCGAUCUAGAACGAGUAACUUCCCUGAAGGUCUAUAACUGGUUCGCCAACAGGCGGAAGGAGAUCAAGAGGAGAGCAAACAUUGAAGCAGCAAUCCUGGAGAGCCACGGUAUCGACGUGCAGAGCCCCGGCGGCCAUUCCAACAGCGACGACGUGGACGGCAACGACUACUCGGAGCAGGAUGCUUGGCAAGUGCGCCCUGGGGAGGAGGAGGAGGGACGCAGCUCAGAGGGAGGCAGAGAAGCAGAGAAGGACGACAGUACUAGCCAUAGCGACCACCAAGACCCCAUCUCCUUGGCGGUGGAAAUGGCGGCAGUCAACCACACCAUCUUGGCCUUGGCCCGGCAAGGAGCCAACGAGAUCAAGACAGAGGCCCUGGACGACGACUGAGGCAGGAGGGCGGAGCCCGGGAAAUUGCCGUAGUGUAGAUGUAGCACCUUAGCAGAUUCCCCCCUCCUUCACACGUGUUCUUCCAGUAUAACCUGCAGUUUCUUGUAUGUCAGUUAGCCGUUAGGGCCUUGUUCUGUGAAGCUGGCAUGGUGCCCUCAAGCCUUUGCAUAUUCUCUCAGUAUUAACCCCCCAGUACAUGAUAUCCAACCAACCCACCAACCAGCCAACCUAACAACCAACCAACCAACCAACCAACCAUCCCACCAACCAACCAAACUGCCAACCAACCCGCCAGACAACCAAUCCACCCACCCACCGCCCACCGGACUGCCCUCUCCCGGCCCCUCAAGGCCAUAGGAUUGUUCUGCUCUGUUCUUAGCAUUCCAAGGAAGUGCUUCCAGGUAGGUGAGGUCUUGCCCUCAUUCUCCACUCUUUGUAGGCUCUGUGUGAAACCGUGGGUACCCAUGGAUGGUCGAAACACUAGUCAGACUCUCUUCCUCCCCCAAGACUCGACAGGCUCCAAGCUGAGGUAGCGUGGCCCAGCCUGGCCAACAGAUACCCUGAGGGCCAGGGAGCCUUGAGUGCAGCUGCAGGAAGCCGGUGCCUCUCUCCACCCUGUUUCUCUGAUGGCCCCUCGCGCCAUCUUGUGACUGAGUUGGUCAGAUAACUGCCUUGGAAAAAGUCGAUGGGACCGUGGUGGGAAAACAGCAAACGGAAGUGACAAAAACAUGAAAACUGCCCCCCGAGGCCCCCCCCCCCCCGAAACAAAACCCAGCUUGAGCAGCAUCGGAGCCAAAGGAGUCUGGUGUCCAGGGCAGAGCCGCGCUGGGCCCAGUGAGGCUCCAUCUCUGGGUCCCUGAAGCUGCCCCAGCCACCGGGCUCAUUGGCCCCCAGCACACUGUGAAGACAGAUGAGCAGGUAAAGCCACGGCGGGUCCGCAAGCUGCCACAGGGCGGCGCCAUUGAGCGAUUGGGUUUCUCCUCCAUCCUUCAGAGGUCUGGACCGUUCUCUUGCUACCGGCAAGUUAUUUAAUAAUUGGAAGCCAUAUUGAUAAUAGAUGAUGUGGUCGCCCAGUGCAGCAUAACCUCUUUUCAGCGGCAGUAACUAAUGUUUUCCCUUGAUCACAUAUGUAGCACUUUUGUUACUUUGGAAAAAUAUUUAUAUUUGAUAAAUCUUUUUUCCUUUUC